CUGUCUGACUGAGUGAGUGAGUGAGUGAGACUGGGCCGGAGAGGCAGGCUGCAGUCCGCCGCUGGCUCCGGUUUUACAGGUGAACAGUAUUAGAGUACAGGGGCGGAGGAGGGGAGCAGCGCGGCGGUGUUAUCAGUGUGUUAACAGCACGCAGGCGCUGUCGGUCGGCUCCCUCGGCGCGGACUGGGAGCUUAGUCACUCCGCGGGAGAAGAGACUAACCGAGGAGCUCCUGGAGCCGCUCGCCCGGGCAGUGCUGGAAGUGGGCAGGUCCUCCGGCGGGGUGUUACUGGGACUGGACGGCUCCCAGUGUGGCUGUGGUUUACAGAUACAUGUCUGAUCUGCGGACUGUAACCCGCUGCCCGCUCUUCCAGCAUGUCUCCCGGAGCCGAGAGCAGGCUGGAGUCCCGCCUGAGGAAACUGGAGGCGCUGAUCAGAGAACAGCGCUCAGCCCUAAACCUGGAGAGCCUGCUGGAUUCCGUGAACGCCUUGGCCCUUGACCUGAAUCACCCUGCACUUCGGAAGAACAAGAACAUUGAUGCCUUCUUAAGCAGAUAUGAAAAGGCCGUUAGCCGUCUGAGGGAGCUGCAAGCAAGGUUGGAUGAUUUUGACCGAAUAAAGCUGAUUGGCAGAGGAGCAUAUGGGGCAGUGCAGCUGGUGCGUCACAAGGUCUCUAAGCAAGUCUAUGCUAUGAAGCAGCUGAGUAAGUUUGAGAUGAUCAAGCGCUCAGAUUCUGCUUUCUUUUGGGAGGAGCGUGACAUCAUGGCCUUCUCCAACAGCCCCUGGAUUGUACAGCUAUGCUGUGCUUUCCAAGAUGAGCGGCACCUGUACCUGGUGAUGGAGUUCAUGCCAGGAGGAGACCUAGUUACUCUGACAAUGAACUACGACAUGCCAGAAAAGUGGGCUCGAUUCUACACGGCAGAGGUGGUGAUGGCGCUGGAUGCCAUCCACUCCCUGGGCUUCAUUCACAGAGACAUCAAACCCGACAACAUGCUUCUCGACCGCACCGGCCAUCUUAAACUUGCAGACUUUGGCACCUGCAUGAAGAUGGACAAGACUGGCAUGGUCCGAUGUGACACAGCUGUAGGGACUCCUGACUACAUUUCACCAGAGGUGCUGAUGUCACAGGGUGGGACGGGUUACUAUGGACGUGAAUGUGAUUGGUGGUCUGUGGGAGUCUUCCUCUAUGAACUACUGGUUGGUGACACUCCAUUCUAUGCAGAGUCACUAGUGGGCACUUAUGGAAAGAUCAUGGACCACAAAAACAGUCUGACAUUUCCUGAUGAUGUGGAAAUGUCAAAAGAAGCAAAAAGCCUGAUCUGUGCCUUUCUGACUGACAGGGAGGUGAGGCUGGGCCGGACAGGAGUGGAGGAAAUCAAAUGUCAUCCCUUUUUCAAAAACGACCAGUGGACCUUCGACACCAUACGAGACACCAUGGCUCCAGUGGUGCCAGAGCUAAACAGCGAUAUUGACACCAGUCAUUUUGAUGACAUUGAGGAUGAGAAAGGAGAUGUGGAGACGUUCCCUCCAGCCCGCGCCUUCGUAGGCAAUCAACUACCAUUUGUGGGCUUUACCUACUUCAGAGAGAACCAGUUGUUAAGCAACAGCGUAAGCUCUGCAGAUGAUGAAUCAGACAUCUAUGUUGACGGUCCCUCAGAAAAGGAAUGCUACUCAGCCAAAUCUGAGUCUGAUGAUCUGCAGAAGAAGCUGAGUAAGUUGGAGGAGAAGUUCAAAAAUGAAAUUCAAGUCAAGGGGGAGCUGGAAAGCAAAUGCAGAACUGCAAACGAUCGGCUAGAUAAACUGUCAAAAGAGCUCGAAGAGGAGAUGAGUUCGAGGCAGAGGGCGGAGGAAUUUUUAAGAAAGUUGGAGAGAGAGAGCGCUCUCUUGCAGCACCAGAACACAGAGAGCCUGAGAAAAGCAGAGCUGGAGACGGAGAGAAAGCGUGGCUUAGAGAAUGAAGUGAGCGGUUUGAAAGAGCAGCUGGCUGAGUUGAAGAAGAAGAGCCAGAUCUCUCAGAUCUCCACCGAGAAAAACAUCCACCUGGAGAGACAGUUGGAGGAGGUCAGUGCUAAGCUGCAGGCAGAGGUGCAGGAGUCUGGACGCCUGAAGAAAGCUCAGGGUGAGGCAGUAAAGCAGGCCCAGCAGCUGGAGCUCACUCUCAGGGAACUGCAGGAGCGGCUGACCCAGCUGGAGAGCAGCAAACUGGUGCUGGAGCAGGACAAACUUGGCCUACAGGACGCUCUGGAGGCUGAGAAGAAGGAGCACAGCCUUGGCACCGAAACCAUUACUGACCUGCAAGCUCGUGCCUCAGGUCUGGAGGAGGAGCUGAAGCAGAUGAAAGCUUCUCUCUCUAAGGCUGAGGGGGAGAAGAGACAGCUACAGGAGGAACUGACCGGCCUAGAGAAGCUGAGGAGUCAGCAGGAGAUUGAUCUCUCCUUUAAGCUCAAAUCUGUCCAGCAGCGUUUGGAGCAAGAGGAAGAAGAACAUAAGGCCACUAAAGCACGACUUGCUGACCACAGCAAACUCAACCAGUCCAUUGAGGAGGCCAAGUCGGAAGUCCUGAGAGAUAUGGAACGCAAGUUACAGGAAGAGCGCCAAUCUAAGCAGCAGCUGGAGGGUAAACUAAUGCAGCUGGAGAAGCAUCAGUCUGUCCUUGACUGUGAUUAUAAACAGGCACAGAAUGAGCUGCAGGAAUUACGUUCACACAAACACAAACUCACCGAGGAGGUGGAUGUGCUGACUGUGCGUGUGGAGCAGGAGGCUCAGCGGCGCAAUCUCUCUCAGGCUGAUCUGAAGGCUCAGAGGCAAGAGGUCACCACACUUCGCUCCACAGAAAAACAACUCAAACAAGAACUGAACCAUCUACUGGAGCUCAAACUCAGUCUGGAGAAAAAUAACCAAGAAUUGCGCAGGGAGAGAGAAGAGGCUGACUUGCACCUGAAGGAGUUGAAGGACCAACUGGAAGCUGAGCAGUAUUUCACUAAACUGUAUAAGACCCAGAUUCGUGAGCUGAAAGAGGAGUGUGAUGAGAAAACAAAACUGUACCAGGAUGCCCAGCAGAGACUUGAGGAUCUACAGGAAGAGAGGGAUUCCCUGGCUGCUCAGUUGGAGGUGAGCCUGACGAAGGCAGAUUCAGAGCAGCUGGCACGCUCCAUCGCUGAGGAGCAGUACUCAGACCUGGAGAAGGAGAAAAUCAUGAAGGAGUUGGAGAUCAAAGACAUGAUUGCCAGGCACCGGCAGGAGCUCAGCGACAAGGACAAUACUAUCAACUCGCUAGAGGAGUCCAACCGCACGCUGACAGUCGAUGUGGGCAACUUGGCCAGUGAGAAAGAAGAGCUCAAUAACCAGCUUAAAGAACUUCUGCAGCAGUUGCAGAGGGCUAAAGAAGAGGAGAAAGAGAUGAGCAUCGUGAAAGUUUCCUUUGAAAAGCAGCUUCAGUCUGAGAGAACGCUCAAGAUCCAGGCGAUAAAUAAGCUGGCUGAGAUCAUGAACAGGAAGGAUGUUGUGCCCAGCGGUCGCCGUGGCGACGACAUAGAGCUGCGCAGGAGGGAGAAGGAAAACAGGAAGUUGCAGCUGGAGCUGCGCACCGAGAGGGAGAAGCUCAACAGCACCAUCAUCAAGUAUCAGAAGGAGAUUAGUGAGAUGCAGGCUGUGAUAAUGGACGAGUCGCAGGUGCGUGUGGAUCUGCAAAUGGCUCUGGACAGUAAGGACAGUGAUAUUGAGCGCCUGCGCAGUCAGCUGACCUCUCUCAGUAUCCAUUCCUUUGAUACCACCAGCAUCAGCAGUAUAGGCAAUGAGCGAGACGACGAGUCUUACCCAGUGCGCAUUACACACUCACAAACAUCGGAGUCCAUGUCAUUCUCGUACCAGCGAAGCUCCAAGUCUGUGUGUAUCGACACCCGGCCGUGUCGCAUCACUCCUCUCUUCCCCUUGGACUCAGAGGAUGAGGACGAGGAAGAGCAGCAGCGGCCUCGGCUGGCCCUCACCUACGAGAGGCCCGUUGACUGUGAGCCUGCAGAGUCGAGUCUGGAGGGCUGGCUGUCCCUUCCAAGUAAGAAUACCAAGAGAUUUGGAUGGGAUAAGAAGUAUGUGGUGAUGAGCAGUAAGAAGAUCCUGUUCUAUGAUUCUGAGGAAGAUAGAGAACAGUCCAACCCAUUUAUGAUACUGGAUAUAGAUAAACUCUUCCAUGUUCGGCCUGUCACUCAAACAGAUGUUUACCGUGCAGAUGCCAGAGAGAUCCCACGCAUUUUCCAGAUACUCUAUGAUAAUGAGGGGGAGAGUAAGAAGGAUCAGGAGGGCACUAUGGAACUUUUGUCGGUGGACAGGUCAGCGUGCAUCCCCCACAAAGGUCACGAGUUUGUGCCUACACUCUAUCAUUUCCCCUCUAGUUGUGAGGUGUGCCCACGGCCCCUAUGGAACGUCUUCAAGCCUCCUCCAGCUCUGGAGUGCCGUCGCUGCCGCCUCAAAUGCCACAAAGACCACUUGGACCGAAAGGAGGAGGUGCUUGCGCCCUGCAAAGUGAACUACGACAUGUCCACGGCUAAAGAGCUGCUGCUGCUGGCGAGCUCCACGGCAGAGCAGCAGAAAUGGGUCAGUCGCCUACUAAAGCGAAUUCCUCGCAAAUCAUCUGUACCAGCUUUGACCCACACACCCCCUCAGGAGCCCCCUGUCGCUACGUCACCACCACAGCCCUCACCACUCCUGUCGCCCCGCAACUCCCCAAAACUCUCCCCCAGAGGGGCUAUCAGGGUGCAGAGCAGAGGUCCUCCACCUUCUGCUAAGACCAGCAUUAUAGAGUUUGGACUGAAGGACUGGGGUUGGGCUGUUCAUGAGGAUGAUGAUGAUGAUGACGAUAUGUUUGACUUCUGAAGAUGUGAAGAGACUGCAGGCUAACCCUGACCAGCACUGGACACACUCCCAUGUAGCAAAUGCUGCAGAACAUUGGACAUUACACAAAGGACUUUACCGACAAAUCCAUCAAGAGAACAACCAUCUAAUGGAGGGUUUUAAUGUAAACAGGCUCUACAUGACGCAAAGUGUGGCAGGUUAAAACAUACAGUAAUAUGUGCCUUUCAACAGGUCUGGUCUUUUUAUAGAUCUGCCUUUCUGUGUCAAGUUUCCAAAGGUGUCAAUAUUGCAGUGUGAAAGUGUUUAAAAGUAUUAAGACACAGUUUUGACGUUUGUUUGUGUGUGUGUUUGUAUAUAUGUGCGUAUGUCUGUGUGUGUCGAUUGUGUGAAGAUACUGUAUGUGAGGUAGUAAGUCAGGAAAGCAUACUCUGUCCUGAAUUUAUGUACUCAGCUAUUUUAUUUCUAUUAAGAGAAACAGCCAAACACUACAUUUAAGCUUGCUGAAAAACAAAGAAUAUUUAAGAGCUAAAGCUUCAGAAAGAGCCAGGUUGUCUGAUAUUAAUGUUUGUAUUUGAAGGAAAGAAUACAAAAAAAGUGCCUAUUUUGUGUUCAGAGAUGCAAUAUGCUGCACAUUAUAUUAUCUGUUUUGCAAAUUUAUAGUUAACUAAAACUACCUACAUGAGCAGAAUGUGCAGCCCUGGUCCAAACGCUGUCUAUACAUGAACUUUGUCCUAGAACAUUGGUCACCACUCUUAUCCACCAGGGGCCAGUGUGGCUGCAGGUUUUUUAGAGUUUUAAGAGUUUAAUCAGCAGUGUCUCACACAUAACUAGACAUGUUUCCAUGAACGUGGUGGCAUUUAAAGGUCGUUUUCGAAAACGCACUUUACAGUGGACAUUUUUGCUAACUUUAUUUUCAUUGUUUUUUGUGAAUAGAGAAAAAUGCAGAUUUUAGCAAAAAUCUAUUUUCAUCAAACUGUGAUAGAAUGUUCAAAAGGUUACAUGACCUCUACUUGUACAUCUACAGUAGAUUUUCCUCAGAUUUAUUUGGGUGUUUUUUUCAGUACAAAUCAGAUAUCUAGGUCCGUGUGUGAUUUAAAGCUAUAUUAUUGAACAGUCGAAGCAUUAGAAACCAGGGCAAUCUGCCCACAUAAGAUUAAAGAGCAGGUUGUCUUGAGUGCUGAAGUGCAUAGUAUAUAAAUGUCUCCAACACUGCUGAUCUGACUGACUGCAGAGUUCCUCACCUGCUGUUGGAGCUGCAGAGGGGGGCCAACUUUAACACUUCUACAACACAUUGCACUAAAUUUAUGUCUGUUUUGGUCAUUGAGCCUUUUUAAUAUAUUUGCCAGCAGAUUUUGUGAGGUCUUAGCACCGCCUUCUGGUUAAAAAAAUUUGGCACAAGCAUUUUUUAAGCACCAUUUCUCCGUUCAAAAAAGUUUCAAACACUUGCCUAGUUAUAUAAUGCAAGGUUUUCAUUGGUUGGGAUAAAAAACUCUUGUGGAUAAGAUUGAUGACCCUAUUAGAACAGACAAACACCACUGACUAAAUGCAGCACAACAAGGCUUUAUUCAUUUACUUUAAAGAUUUAUUUGGAAAGAAAUAAAUGUUUUAUUGGGGAAAUAAA